AUGGAGGACGACACAGGGAGCCAAAGCGGCCAGACGCUGCGGCCUUUCUCGCAACCGACCAUGAACUCGAGAUUCCCUUCGCUGCGACGCUUGAAUUCUACCGAACCUUACCGCCAUCGGUCGCUACCUGCCGAACCUUCGCCUGGCUCAGAUCGAGCCAGCAGUGAGAUCACCUUCGCUGUUCUCUACGAUGAAGGGCCCGACUAUCAUCUCGGCCAGUACGACGACCAGGGUUCAAUGCGAUCCGCCCACAAUAGACCAGACUCGAUGGCCUCAUAUGCCCCCUCCUUUCAAACCCGCGACUCACGGAUCGUGAGCGACGACCAUUAUCUAGAUCGUAACCAGGACUUUGUGGCCAACCAGAGACUCCUGGCGGAGGGCUACCUGAACAACGAUGAUUCCUUAUACGACCAAUCCAUCCCGCGCUAUCCAACUCCUUCAGAAGAAACCCUGGCAAUGAAUGCCCUACAUAACCAAUAUCCUCGAGAUGAGAAAAGACCACUCUCCCAAAUGAUGACACCUCCCUUGGGGAUGGACCGAGCACAAAGCAAGCAUUCGCAUGACUCGUGGUGCACGUGUGAUGAAGAUCACGGUCAUGGUAUGCCCGACAGAAAGGACCCGAUGAAGAUUGACAUUGAAGCCCAGAACGGGCCACCCACCCCGAUCCCUUUGCUUUCCAAAGAGAAACCAUCCGAUCAAUUUACAGUUACAUUCAAAGGCCCCGAUGACCCCUUAAAUCCCAAGAACUGGCCUUCCAAGAAGAAAUGGGCUGUGACUGCCCUCACCGCCUCCUUCACUUUCCUUUCCCCUCUGGCUUCUUCAAUGGUUGCUCCGGCACUUCCGCAGAUUCGAAAGGAUUUCGAUAUCACCAACUCGAUCGAAUCACAGAUAGUCUUGUCCAUCUUCGUGUUGGCAUACGCCAUUGGACCUAUGAUAUUAGGCCCACUUUCAGAACUCUAUGGACGCGUCAUCAUCCUUCAAUCCUCCAACGUGAUGUUUUUGGCCUUCAAUACCGCCUGUGGGUUCGCUCAAACCAAGGAACAGCUCAUGGCUUUCCGCUUCCUGUCCGGUCUUGGAGGCUCCGCUCCGCUGGCCAUUGGUGGAGGUGUCCUGGGCGAUUUGUUCAAGCCAGAAGAGCGAGGAAAAGCCAUGGGUCUGUACGCCAUGGGUCCGCUCCUCGGGCCGGCCAUUGGGCCCAUUGUUGGCGCCUGGGUUGCUGAAAAGUCCACCUGGCGAUGGAUGUUUUACGCGACUUCCAUUGUCAAUGUGUUCAUCCUCCUCGGUGGUGUCUGGAAGCUCAGCGAAUCUUAUGCUCCUUACAUCUUGCACAAGAAGGCGAAACUGCUCCGCAAGAAAACCGGCGACAAGCGCUACCUUGCUGAAGGGGAGGGUGACCUGAACCAACCGGUUUGGAAAAAGAUUGCCGCCACAAUGGGUCGGUCGUUCGGCAUGCUGUUCUCUCAGCCCAUUGUUCAAGUCAUGGCUGUGUAUAUGGCAUUCUCCUAUGGUAUUCUCUACCUUGCUCUGUCGACCUUCCCGGAGCUCUACAUGAAUGUCUAUCAUGAGUCCGUCGGUGUCUCGGGCCUCAACUACAUUUCCUUGGGGUUGGGCUUCUUCAUUGGUGCUCCGUUGUGCGGCAAAACUGGCGAUAAGGUCUAUCAGAAGCUCAAAGCAAAGGACCCACGAAGGCAAGGCAAACCGGAAUUCCGUAUGCCUGUUGUCAUUCCUUUCUCGUUUUUCGUUCCUAUCGGUCUCUUGAUUUACGGAUGGUCCGCCCAAGCCAAGACUCAUUGGAUCGUGCCCAACAUCGGAUCAUUCCUCUUUGGCAUUGGUACAAUCGCCGCCUUCCAAUGCGUCACCACCUAUCUCGUCGAUACAUAUGCCAGGUUUGCCGCCUCGGCUGUGGCCGCGGUUACUAUUCUCCGAUCUCUGGCUGGUUUUGGGUUUCCUCUCUUCGCCCCCACCAUGUACGACGCUCUAGGUUUUGGCUGGGGUAAUACUGUUCUGGCACUGGCCGCCAUCGGCAUCGGCAUUCCCGUCCCCAUUCUUUUGUGGCUUUUUGGUGAGAAGUUGAGAAAGAGGAGCACCCUUGCUGCCAAGGGCCCGCCACCUGGAAAGGGUGGUCCUGGAGGUCCAGGUGGCCCUGGUGGUCCCGGUGGUCCCCCAGGAAAAGGACCUGGAGGCCCGGGAGGGCCUGGAGGCAAAGGGCCCGGCGGUCCUCCUGGCAUGGGACCUGGAGGGGUCCCGAACGGCCCUCCUCCCCCAUUUCCCGGAAUCCCCGUCGAGCAGGACGGCCCUAACCCGAGGGUAAGGCCUCAGUGA